AUGCCGUCCACCAUCACCAAGCCUGACAUCGAACACUUCGUCCCAGUCAAACCAACAUCUGAGUCGUUGGAAUACGCCGAGCUAGUCACAUUAGACCUUUCCACGUACGACCAUGGACCGGACGCGCGCAAACAGCUCGCCGACCAGCUGAAGCAUGCCAUGCGAACACAAGGCUUCUUCGUGGUAGUCAACCACGGCAUCUCCAUCGAGCAGAUCGAUCGACAAGUGGACAUUGGCUAUCACGUGCUCACCAAGACUCCCCUGGAGGAGAAGCAGCGCCUCGAGGGCCGGAUGAAACAGGACGGCAGCUACCAGGGCUUCAAACUCCGCAACUACUGGCAGAUCGACCAGGGUGUCAAGGACCAGAUUGAACAGUAUAACUGGAACCGCGACCUGACGCUGCGCGAACACCCUUCCACAUUCACUCCCUUCAUGGACGAGGUCCAGGAACUGAACGAUUUCAUCCACAAGGAGAUCCUGUUCCGCCUGCUCACCUUGUUCGCCAUCUCGCUGGACCUGCCGGAAGAUUUCUUCGUCAACCUCCACCGGUACGACGUGCCGGACGACUCCUGGUUCCGGUACAUGAUGUACUUCCACUCCCACAAACCCGAGGACAUGGAGAAGACGGGCGGUGUCUGGCUCAAGGGCCACUGCGACUUCGGGUCCCUGACCAUGCUGUUCAGCCAGCCGAUGGCAUCCCUCCAACUCAUGGACCACUUCACAAAGAAGUGGCGGUGGGUGCCCUACGUCCCGGGCGCCAUCAUCGUCAACGCCGGGGAAAUGAUGGAAUGGUGGACUGGGGGGUAUUACAAGGCCACCAUCCAUCGCGUGUGCCAACCACCCUCGGACCAGCGCAACCAGGACCGUUGCGGAUGGUUUUACUUUGUCGUCCCCAAUGACGAGGUCAAGGUCAACACGCUGUUGGACGAGUCGAGCGUGUUGAGAGAAGCGGGCGUACAGAGAAAAUUCGAACCGGGGACGGAGCCGACUUCGAAGCUGUACAGGUCUGCCCGCAUCGGCGCGUAUGGACAGACUGCCGUUUUCAAGGGUAAAGGCACAGGCGUGCAAGAGGAGACCAUUGCGGGUAUUCAAUUGAAGCAUUACAAUUGA